AUUUCACAUAGCUGUCACUACAGAGUACACACCAUGGGCUCACCUACGGCCCAAUCCACCUACAAUCACAAAGGGCCACGGUUGGGCUCGCGCCACAUCAGUAACAAAAAGACAAAGUACUCCACCUGGCCGAAUCCCAUUCCGCGCCGGAUUACGAAAAGGAUUCCGAUAAAUCAUAAAUAUUCCCUCUGUUUGAAGAAGAACCUGGAAAAUUACACUUUCCCUCUUUCUUCUCUCGCCACUCACCAGAGAGAUCAAAACAGCUCCAUUAAAGCCCGUCACCAACUCCUCUACCUUUCCGGAUUCCCAACCCUACCCGAAAACCCUCAAAACGCGUUAUCUCCCCCCCUUUCUCCAAAUAAUACAGAGACUACUGUCUGUCCUAAGAACAAGCUAAGCAUGGCCCGCGGCGGUGAUUUGGAAGUUGGGGGCGGUGGAGGCAGGGGGAUUAAGAGCGGUGGCGGAGGAGGAAGAGGAAGCCCCGCCGGGAAUGGGUACUCAUCCACGUCGGCGCCGUAUUUGAUCGAAGAGACGGGGACCCAGUGGACGUCGUGGUUGGUCCCGAUGUUCGUCAUUGCCAACAUCGCCGUUUUCUUGGUCGCCAUGUACAUCAACGACUGCCCGAAGCAGUACCACUCGCGGGCGGAAGGUAGCUGCGUCGCCGGAUUCCUUGGGAGAUUCUCCUUCGAGCCAAUUAGAGAUAACCCACUCUUUGGCCCUUCCUCUGCCACGCUGGAGAAGUUGGGAGCUCUACAAUGGGCGAAAAUUGUGGAGAAACGUGAAGGGUGGAGGCUUGUGACUUGUAUGUGGCUACAUGCCGGCAUAAUCCAUCUCAUUGCCAAUAUGCUGUGCUUGGUCGUCAUCGGUGUUCGUCUAGAGCAGCAAUUCGGAUUUGCUCGAGUUGGGAUCAUUUAUCUGGUGUCAGGAUUUGGAGGGAGUGUCCUCUCUUCACUAUUUCUCAGAGCUGGUAUUGCUGUUGGAGCAUCGGGUGCUCUAUUUGGCCUACUGGGAGCAAUGCUGUCAGAACUCAUCACCAAUUGGACAAUCUACACCAACAAGGCUGCAGCGCUGGUUACUCUUUUUGUGAUCAUAGCAAUCAACUUGGCCAUUGGUAUUCUGCCGCACGUUGACAAUUUCGCACACAUUGGAGGGUUUCUGUCUGGUUUCCUACUUGGUUUCGUCUUGCUUCCUCGCCCACAGUUUGCCUGGUUGGAGCGUCGGAAUCUGCCUGCUGGUGCUGGCUUCAAAUCCAAGUACAAGCCCUACCAAUACGUCCUCUGGGUUGUUUCUCUGGCUCUCCUCAUUGCAGGGUUCACGGUGGCGCUGGUUAUGCUAUUCCGAGGAGUGAACGGCCAUGAAUCAUGCCAUUGGUGCAAGUACCUGAGCUGCAUCCCGACAUCGAAAUGGAAAUGUGAUACCUUCUAAGUGAUGGGCUGUAUACCACAGAGUUAGAAACUUUUUCUUAAGCAGUUAUGGGAAUAUGUUCAUAGGAGGCCGGCCAUAAGGUUUUCUUCCACAAUUUUAUUGUAAAUGCAGAGCUGUAACAUAGGGAGUAAAAAAAUGGUAUUUAUGGC